AUGUCGUACACUUCUUCGAAGACAUGGAUCGAAGACAUGAUCAAGGAAUUCGACAGAUUCGUGAGAAUCUCAAACAACUCUCUGUUUAUCGCGCCCAAGUCGCCAAAUGUCCCUCAAGGCUACUGUGAAUGGCUCGAACUUCGCGUGUUCAUCAAUCAAAAAGCCCAGGACGCAGAAUCACGACGCCGCACGCUUAGAGCCUCACAGUCAGCCAGCCAGGCGAAAACCUCUAUACAACCAUUCGCUGGCAGGACUUUCAGAGACAGUCGAUCUUCCGUGCUGGCAAUGGAGACGAUAUGGCUGCCUUCCACGACCUUCCAUCUUGGACGCCCUGUUGCUCCCUGGCCGUGCAGCGACGAGCUUACGAGUGAGGGUACCUUGAGAAGUAUUUCUGGGUAUUCCCGCUUCCCACCUCUGCCUAGGGUGCCAGGCAACGAGACCGUCAAUUGGAGAAAAAGAGCCCCAAUAACGCCGUACCCCUUCGAUACUUUUGGAAAGCCGAGUCUAGAACACAUCGCGGGCGCGCCAGAUAUCGACGAUGAGAUGGCUUUCUUCGUUGGACAGGCCUUGCUCGAGGAGAUCAAUAUUGACGAACUCUAA